GCGUCGCUGCAGCCGUUCGCGUUCAGCUUUCCUCCCCCUGCCCCGACUUCCGUCUACGUCAGUCACUCUCACAACAGGGACUAUGGCGGCCAACUCGGACCGGAGUCCUCCUCCUUUCCCCGCAGCCGAGGAGCCAGAAGCGGGACUGCCUGACAUGGCAGGCGGCGACAGCGACGAGGGAGAGGACAUCUUCGUUAGUAACAGUAACCCUGUGGCUGUGAGUCAAGAAGUGUCUCAGCCGGACCGUGUCAAUGAAGAGCCUCCAGAUUUGUUCAGUGAGGAGGAGGCCAGCAACACAACCGCCAAAUCCAACGGAGUUCACGCUGAUGAUGACAACGACCUGUUUGCUGAUGCACAUGUGGAGCUGAGCACAGACAAGCCUGGUAGCUCUGGCGGGAAGGAGCUCUCCACCUCUACUGGCUGUCGUCCUGCCUCCUCUUUCACUCAGAGCCCUGCACCCAUGCAGCCCACCUCCUUGGAGCAGUUGGAGGACGAAGAAGCCAAGGAUAGUUUUGAUGUGGAUGUUGCUGUCACCAACCCUGAGAAAGUUGGAGAUGGCAUGAAUGCAUAUGUGGCCUACAAAGUAUCCACCAGGACUUCCUUGCCCAUGUUCAGGAGUAAAAGCUUCUCUGUGAGGAGGCGUUUUAGUGACUUCCUGGGUCUUUAUGAGAAGCUGUCGGUCAAGCAGUCGCUCCACGGCUGCAUCAUUCCACCACCACCCGAGAAAAGUGUCGUAGGAAUGACCAAAGUGAAGGUGGGUAUGGAUGACCCGUCAUCAGUAGAGUUUGUGGAGAGAAGAAGAGCCGCUCUGGAGAGAUAUCUUCAGAGAGUAGUGUCUCACCAAUCUUUACUACAAGAUCCCGAUGUCCGUGAGUUCUUGGAGAGAGAAGAUCUACCCAGGGCAGUGAACACACAGGCGCUGAGUGGAGCUGGCUUCCUCAAAAUGAUCAAUAAGGCAUCAGACGCUGUCAACAAGAUGACCAUCAAGAUGAAUGAGUCUGACACUUGGUUUGAGGAUAAGUUCCAGGAGGUGGAGAAUGAAGAACAGCAGUUGAGGAAGCUUCAUGCCGUGGUCGACUCCCUGGUCAAUCACAGGAAGGAGCUGUGUGGGAACACGGCAGUAUUUGCCAAAAGUAUGGCCAUGUUGGGAAAUUCUGAGGACAACACAGCCCUGUCACGGGCCCUGUCCCAGCUGGCAGAGGUGGAGGACAAGAUGGAGCAGCUGCACCAGGAGCAGGCAGCCAGUGACUUCUUCAUCUUUGCAGAGCUGCUGGCUGACUACAUCCGCCUGAUGGGUGCUGUGCGGAGCUGUUUUGACCAGCGCGUGCGAGCGUGGCAACGAUGGCAGGAGGCUCAGAGCACACUCCAGAAGAAGAGAGAGGCCGAGGCCAAGCUGCUGUGGGCCAACAAGCCGGACAAACUGCAGCAGGCCAAAGAAGAGAUCACUGAGUGGGAGGCAAGAGUUACUCAGUAUGAGAGAGAUUUUGACAGGAUUGGCAUGACUGUACGCAAGGAGGUUCUCAGGUUUGAGAAAGAAAAAGGCAAGGAUUUCAAGAGCCAGAUAAUCAAAUAUUUGGAGGCAAUGCUGCAGUCUCAACAACGGCUUAUAAAGUUUUGGGAGGCAUUCCUGCCUGAGGCAAAGGCAAUAGCUUAAUGAAGAGAGAGACUUUUCAAAGACCCCAACUGCCUUUUUUGAACACUUUACCUCUUGACCAGAAACUGAGAGGACAAUUUUGAAACACGCAAGAAACUUCCAUCCAUUUUUUCUUUCGUCUUUUUAAUCAUAGUGUAUUCUCUUAUCUUGUACAGUUCUUUGAUAUAAUAAGCUGCCGCAUUUACAUAACAUUUCUUUUCUUUGUUUACGUUCUUGACUUAAAGAUGGUACCAAGCAAAAUCCAACGGAGGUUAACCUGGCCAUGGUAUUUGUAAAACCCACUGUCAGUGGGAUAUAUAUUUAUGUUUCUUGCUUAAACCAGUAUAUUAAAGAGUUAACACUGAGGUACUGCCCUCGAGUAACAUUGUCUAUAGUUUACAUUAGAAGAUAGAAGUAUGUAAGUCAUUCCAGUCUCUUAACAGCUUAUGUUGAUGGAUGCAUGUCAGGUAAUGUUUUGAUGCACUAAAAUGUAUUGUACAGUUGGAAAAGCUGUUUAAUUUUUCUAAUAAAAUACCACUAUUGAUGACUGAGGUCAUUGACCAGGA